AGACUGAAUAUUUUCAUUUUCAAAUGCGAAAACCACCUACAGAACUUGAAAUGUUUCACCAAUCUGCGAUCAGGAAUCCUUUUUAGUUGUAUUUCCUCUUGGUAUUGCUUACCUUUGAUGAAACCAAGGUUACUCCUUUUCGUUGCGUUUCAGAAUGGAACCAUUGCUUAUUGAUGAAGAUCAGCAACAGAAGACUAAAAGGGGGUGGGGAACAGCUGCACACUGGAAGAUCGCUUGUUUGCUCACCAUGGCUGUCUUGCUGGCCCUGUUAUUGAUAUUUAUUACGCUGUCUGUAUCAGGACGAAGGCUAUGCGGGGCACAGAAAGCCAUUGAAGCUUUGUCCAAUCGCCUUGACUGGCAAGACAAACAAAUUGGAGAGGAUCUCGUAAAUUUGAAUGUUACGAACACAUCUCAAAGAACAACGGUCUUGGAAAUGCAAGAAAAGAUGGACUCAAUGUACAAAGCCUUUGAAGCAUUGUCCAAACGUCUUGACUCACUGGACGUAAAUAUCGGAAGAAAACUGGAUUUAGUAAAUGUCCAUGUUAAGAACGCAUCUCAGAGGACAACUGCUUUGGAAAUGCAAGAUAACCAGGACUCAAUGUUCAAAGCCAUUGAAGCUUUGUCCAAACGCUUCGACUCCCUGGACGCAAAUAUCGAACGAAAAUUGGAUUUAGUAAACGUGAAUGUUAAGAACAUGUCUGAAAGGACGACUGCUUUGGAAAUGAAAGGAAGACUGGCUCCAAUUCACAAAACAAUCGAGGUGUGGUACAUAAGUCCUUACUCGUUUAACAAAAGUGUCGUAAGGAAACUGGAUUUCGUGGUUAAGUCAAUCGAAGAGCUCUCUUUGCAAUUUAAGAACACAUCUAAACGAUAAAGGCAUCGGUCAUGCAAGGAAUGCGUCUUUUAAAUAAUUUUCACUUGCGUGUUGUAAGCAAUGUAGGAUUGCUUGAUUUUGCUUUACCGCCCUAUGCAAACUCGCAUCACCCUAGCUUAGCCUAUCAACUA